AUGCAUUAUACGGAAAAUAUUUUAGCCGAUGCACAGAAUAGUAAGUUAGUACGACCUAAUAGAAAAACAGCAUUCUUUUUCUAUUAUGCCCCCAUAAAAUACUUUUCAGACCAGAUCCGCAGUUAUGAGCUCUACGGGUUUCACUUAAUACUCUCGUUGCUGUAUCCUACGAUGACCGACAUCGUUGGCAUUAUUGAUAGGGUCAUUUUAUUGGGCCAGCAAAUUGCUGAGCGAUUGGAAGCGUAUAAAGAGGCUGUCGAGAGUCUCUCGAAGCUGGAAAAAAUUUUAAAACUGCUCAAAGCUAUGUUCAAUAACAUUGUUACCGCCAGUAUUGAUAAAGCCUAUAUUGUCAGUAUCAAGGACACCCUUGAACGAACCGAAAAGGUUUAUAUAAAGUGUGUUGGGGACCUUACCAUAAAAGACAAAAAGUCUUUCACUGGAAAGGUCAAGAAAGUCGUUGGAAUAUAUAAAGCCCCCAGUAUUCUAGCUGACAUCCAAAAGUCCAUCAUGGACGUUGAAACCCAUCUUAACAUCACAGAUACUGCUUUGAGUAUCGUACAACGCGCUCAGACUGUAUCCGCAUCAACAAUCGUUUCAACAACUACCUCUACAUCAACUUUAACAUCCGCUUCUACAAACAUCAUAAGUUCGGAAUUGAAAGAUGCCCUUGCCAAUACAAUUGAUGAAUUAGUGACAAGGCUUAAAAGCGAUUGUCAGCAGCUUCAAGAAAAACUCGAACGUUGUACACUUUCCACUGAACCUUUUUUUUUUGCAGGGUUUUCAAGAGAUAAUCCUGAGGCGAUUUCAUUUUGGAAGGACCGUUUCAGGUCUGCUGAGCUCACCAUAUCAUCUGUUGCCCCUUACGAGAAUAUGUACGUUUCAUGGGCUCGAUUUAUUCACGAACUCGAGGUAACCUUUGAGCUGAGUAAUAUUCCAACCGCAACCAAGGAGGAUUACUUCGGUUCCAUCGAUGACAUCCGCCGGUAUGGUAACAGAUAUUACAUCGAUUCAACUGGGACGCGCAAUCUCAAAGACAUUCGACCACUAUGGAUUCCAUCCUUGCGAAAAGCAUUGGAUCCACUCCAUAAAGGCUACAUUAAACCACAUGAUUAUUUGAAUUUCCUUGGUAAAGAUUCGUUGGCCAUCAAAUUGAGGCAAGUCGUUCUCGAUAGCUGUGGAUACGGUACUAUUGUUGAAUGCCAGCGAACAACCAGCGAUAUCUCCCUUCCUAAAGAAAUAGAGAGUCCCGCCCACAGCGUUGGUUGGAUGUCUGCCUGUCAAAUCGUCUCGGUGCCAACAUCGACGGAACUUGGCAUUUUCAUAUACGAAAAGGACAAUCAGAAACGUUUUAACAACCUUAUUGAAAACAUCACCUAUCCUAAAAAUGACAUCUUGGUGUAUGUUCGCUACCUCCAGACCGGACAGAUUGAACAAAAACUUAUCUCAAAGAACGUGCGAAUGCUUGGUGGGCUUCGUACUGGAAUCCCAAUUUCUAUCUUGGAAAACUUUGAAAAUGGUUCAAGUGCAUGGAGUGAUAACCUUUUAAUUGUGGAGCUUAAAGCUUGUGCUGGCGGUCGAUAUAUUGUGACCGCGGGAUCAGGAGACAAUGCUAUUGUAUUUAAGACAAAGUCGCAAACUGGCUUUAAAGAUCGUGCGAUACAGAGUGACCAAUUUGAUGAUUUUGCCGAUCUUCCAGAAUUUGAUUAUUGCAUUUUGGGACCCUCGACGGUUUUUACUUGUGAACCUAAAGUUGGUGAGAAAAUCCAGAUCCACGUGGACGGGUCAUGGUAUGAUGUUAAAGUUACCGAGGUCAAUGGUGAUUCUGUAAAGCAUGUUGCUUGGUCUCCGACUUCCUCAAACAGCCCAAUAGAAGACAUUGAAAAAGAUGAAGAUACUGAAAAAGGCGAAGACGGUGGACAAGAUGAUGAUUCUGAAGGUGAUGGUUAUUACCUUGGCCUCACAGAAGACCAAGAACUUGAACAUAAAAAAAAUCCUGAUAUAUCUUGGUGUCCAUGGACGGAAGGAAAAACGAGUUGGGAUAUCAGGCCUUAUCGAUGCCUUCACGUUGGCGAUCUUGUCGAAGCACCCGUCACAUACCCAGACUAUCAUUUCCGUUACCAUGGCCUUGAAGAGUCACAGCUUUAUCUCCCAGCUCGCAUUAUUGAUGUUCAGGAUGAUCAGUAUAUAAUUAAAUUCAGCCCUGCCGUCAGCGCUUACGCUUGGUGGCCUGGUCGUACUUCAAGUGACGAAUUUCCUCGCGAACCAGGUUCUAAGGAAACUGUUAAGAAUCCAUUUGAUGGCAUACAGGUUACCAUGAAUAUGGAUUGGGUUCGCCCUUACUCUGCUGGACCAAACCCUGUUUUAGGUACGCAGUCAAUAAGACCACAUAGUUGGUCAGCGUUUCAGGGCGUCCAAUUCACAGACUUGCAACAAAUCGAUGAUGAUGUUCUGUGGAAAUGA